AUGUCUGAAGACGUAUCUGAUGGCGUCCCAUCUGAAGAAAAACCUGAAGUAAUGGAGAUGCCCAGCAAUGAGGUAUUGCCUCAUGAAUCAGUACCACACCUUGCAGAAGCUGAGAUCUUGCAUGAGUCUUCACAAGAUCAACAUGGACAGGUCACUCAGAAUGUUAGUAAUGGGAAGGAAGGAGACACAGUCAUUAAUGAAAACCCUUUGACUGAAAAUCUCAUUGAAAGCCUGCCUUCCAGCCUGCCUUCCAGUGAAGACACAACUGGAGACAAGCCCACCGAGUGCAUUGAAACUGUAAGCCUUGAUGCAGAACCUGAAUUGGAAGAAACACUGCAUGAGCAAAGCAAUCCAGCUGCAGACUCCUUAUCUAAAGCAAGUAGAUGGGGAGCUUGGGGUACCUGGGGAAGGUCUCUCCUAUCAUCAGCUUCUGCCACAGUUGGUCAUGGGAUAACAGCAGUAAAGGAAAAAGCAGGAACUACCCUAAGAAUUCAUAGUGGAAGUUCAGCAUCUCUGGAAACAGCAGAGCCUCCUGCAGCUGAAACACCAGUUACUCAAGCAGAAGAUUCUUUGGCCCAAAGCUCUUCUGAGAAUAUUCCUUCUUCUCCUUCAUCUGGAUCUCGUGGCAUGCUGUCAGCUAUCACUAGUGCUGUACAAAACACAGGGAAAAGUGUAUUAUCUGGAGGCUUAGAUGCUUUGGAAUUUAUUGGGAAGACAACCAUGAAUGUCCUUGCAGAAAGCGAUCCUGGAUUUAAGAAAACCAAAACACUGAUGGCAAGAACAGUCUCACUAUCUCAGCUGUUGCGAGAAGCCAAAGAAAAAGAGAAACAGAGGCGGGCCCAGCAAGUUACAGUAGAAAGAACAGCACAUUAUGGACUACUUUUUGAUGAAUUCCAAGGUUUGUCUCAUCUUGAAGCUCUGGAAAUCCUGUCAAAUGAAAGUGAAGCUCAGAUUCAGUCACAUUUAGCAACACUUGAUGGAGAACAGUUGGAGACUGUGAAAAAUGAUUUAAUUGCUAUAAAAGAGAUCUUUGUUCCAAAGGAAUUAGAUGAUGAAGUGGUGCAGGCGCAAAAAGCAGAUACAGGAGAAGAGUUUGUCAGCAUGCUCACAGAACUGCUGUUUGAAUUGCAUGUUGCUGCUACUCCUGACAAGCUAAAUAAGGCUAGGAAAAAAGCUCAUGAAUGGCUGGAAGAAGCCAGUUUGUCCACCCCAGUAGACAUAGAAGAGGAGCUAAAUGAAAAACCUGAAGAACCUGGUGAAGAAAAGACUCAAAAAGACAAUACAAUUGAGAGUGAUAAAACAGAAGUAGACAAAAGCAAAACUGUGGAGGAAAUCUACAUGCUGUCCAUUGAAAGUCUGGCUGAGGUAACUGCUCGUUGUAUUGAACAGCUUCAUAAAGUAGCAGAAUUAAUUCUACAUGGGCAAGAAGUAGAAAAAACAGCGCAAGAUCAAGCAAAAGUACUGACAAAUUUAACAAGUGCCAUGUGCAAUGAAGUUUCAUCUUUAUCAAAGAAGUUUUCUGAUUCUGUAACAGCAGCUGGGAGCAAUAUGAAGGCAGAGGUUCUUAACCCCAUUAUUAACAGUGUGCUAUUAGAGGGCUGCAACAGUACUACUUAUAUCCAGGAUGCUUUCCAGUUACUGCUUCCAGUUCUGCAGAUUUCCCAUAUCCAGGCCAGUUGUUCCAAAGCCCAGGAGUUGUCAGCUUGAGAGCAACCACAGACCCGAAGUCUUGAGCUGUGCCAAGAGAAGAGCUGGUACAAGAGAUGUCUGGCCACUAGAGUUCUUUGAAGACACUAAAUGCUGUUUUGCACACACAGUACUGAACAUUUUAAAACUCUUUCAGACUUUAAGACUUUAGAAGUAGUUAGUAAAGUGAAUAACUUCUUUUCCAGUGUAGUUCAUGCUUUGCAUUAAUUUAAACAGAAGUUUAUUGAUUAUUAGCAUUGACUUAAAUACAGAUUCUAAAUG